UAGAUGGAGAAUAAAAUAAAUGUGACUGAAUUCAUUUUAACAGGUCUUACACAGAACCCGCAAAUGCAGAAAGUAGUGUUUGUGGUAUUUUUGGUUCUAUAUAUGGUAACAUUGUCAGGCAACCUGCUCAUUGUGGUUACCAUUACCACCAGCCAUGUUCUGAACUCCCCCAUGUACUUCAUUCUGGCACACCUCUCCUUGAUAGACACAAUUUAUUCUUCUUCUUCAGCUCCUAAACUGAUUGUGAACUCUAUUCAUGAGAAGAAAAUUAUCUCCUUUAAUGGGUGCAUGGCUCAUGUCUAUGCAGAAGACAUUUUUGGUGCUGCUGAGAUCAUCCUGCUGACAGUGAUGGCCUACGACCGCUAUGUGGCCAUCUGCAAACCUCUGCACUAUAAGACCAUCAUGAGCUACAGGCUGUGCAUUCUCCUGCUGGGAGUGGCCUGGACUGGAGCCUUUCUCCAUGCAACCAUUCAGAUCCUCUUCACGGUCUGGCUGCCUUUUUGUGGUCCCAAUGUCAUAGAUCACUUCAUGUGUGACUUGUACCCUUUGUUGAAACUCGUCUGCAAGGACACUCAUGUCCUUGGUCUCUUUAUUGCUGCCAAUAGUGGGUUCAUCUGCCUGUUAAACUUCCUCUUUUUGGUGGUCUCCUAUGUGAUCAUCUUGAAUUCCCUAAAGAACUACAGCUUGGAGGAGAGGCGGAAAGCCCUCUCCACCUGUGUCUUUCAUAUCACAGUGCUCGUCUUAUUCUUUGUGCCUUGCAUAUUUGUGUAUUUGCGCCCAGUGACCACUCUGCCCAUUGAUAAAGCUGUGGCUGUCUUUUACACUAUCGUGGUCCUUAUGUUAAAUCCCUUAAUCUACACCCUCAGAAAUGCUGAGGUGAAAAAUGCUAUGAGGACGCUCUGGAGGAAAAAAGUGACUUCAGAUAAUGAUUAA